UACUCGUCUCGUACCGUCCAAGACGGGGCAAAGAAUGCCCGGGGAAGCCGGCGAGCUGGAGCCUGGCGGCAGCUUGGCACCGAUCGUCCUCCAUUCCCGUCGCUCCCGACCUCCUCCUAAUUUAUCCCACCCGGCCUCCCCGGUUCGCCCCGACCACAUCCCCCCCUUAACCUCCCCUCCUCCUCCUCCUGCGGUCCCAACUCCCAUCCUUCGGUUCAGGAGGGAGGCAGGCAGGCAGGAAGGCAGGUUCGAGGAGGGAUUGGCUCCGCUCCUGCUCCAUUGCGCGUGAUCCGGCUCGUUCUUUUGAUUGAUCUAGGCGUUUCUUGGAUUAGUCCUGGAAGGUCAAACGGUUGUUGGAAGCCUCGCUGGGUGCUUCAACGAACGCGAAGGUGUUGCUGUCAUUUAGAGCGUCUUGAUUGGAUUUGACCUGUUGGCCUGGUGGCGUGCCGUCGUUGAUUGAGCUCGAGGAUGAUCAAGUGGGGGCUCAGCAGCGGCACGCCCGCGGAUUCCUACUACGAGGUCCGGUCAGAUUGCACGGACGGUGUGCCCAAGAGCAAGUUCAAGAUUAAGGCUGGCAAAACAUUAAGUGCUCGGAAAUGGCAGGCUGCAUUUAGUCCUGAUGGCUGUCUUGAUAUUGCCUCAGUCCUAAGCAGGAUACAGAGAGGAGGUGUCCAUCCAACAGUCAGAGGAGAGGUUUGGGAAUUCUUACUUGGCUGUUUUGAUCCCAGAAGUACCUUUGAUGAAAGGGAAGAGAUCAGGCAAAUACGGAGGAUACAGUAUGCCAGAUGGAAGGAAGAUUGUCGACAGAUGGAUUCUCAUGUUGGUAGUGGUAAAGUUAUCACAGCACCACUUAUCACUGAGGAUGGCAGACCUAUUAAGGAUCCUCUGGUUUUACUUGAGGCUACUUCUGACACGAACACUUCAGGAGAUGCUCCAACUACCAGCAUAAAUGGAAAUGAAGUUGAUGAAUCUGCAGAACGCAUUACCGAUAAGCAAAUUAUCGAGUGGAAGCUGACAUUACAUCAAAUUGGGCUUGACGUCCUACGGACUGAUCGCACCAUGGUAUUCUAUGAGAACAAAGAAAACCUUUCCAAAUUAUGGGAUAUUCUAGCCGUGUAUGCAUGGAUUGACAAAGAUGUUGGUUACUGCCAAGGAAUGAGUGAUUUGUGCUCACCAAUGAUAGUUCUACUAAACGAUGAAGCAGAUGCAUUUUGGUGCUUUGAGAAAUUGAUGCGUAGAUUGCGAGGAAAUUUCAGAUGCACAGAUCAAUCUGUGGGAGUUGCCAACCAACUUCAACACCUUGCGUCUAUUAUUCAGGUUCUUGACCCCAAGCUACAUGACCACCUAGAAACUCUUGGUGGAGGUGACUACCUUUUUGCGUUCCGUAUGUUCAUGGUGCUUUUUAGGCGUGAAGUAUCAUUUGGAGACUCCUUAUACCUCUGGGAGAUGAUGUGGGCUCUGGAAUACGACCCUGACAUUUUCUUCGCAGCGUGUGAAGAACAAGGUGCAGUAAAUAAAAACAAAGUUUCUAAAUCCAAACUGAAAGGACUGCGCCAUUUUGGCAAGUGGGAUAAUAAGGAUAAGGACAAGGAUAAGGAAGAUGCUAAAAAUGGGGCUGAGGAUGGUGAAGACGGUCCUGUUCCAAUUUCAGUUUUCAUGGUUGCAAGUGUCCUUAAGGAAAAGAGAGAAAAGCUGUUACAAGAAGCUAGAGGACUGGACGAUCUUAUCAGGAUAUUGAACGAUGUAAAUGGGAACUUAGAUGCCAAGAAAGCUUGUGCUGGAGCAUUGAAACUUCACAAGAAAUACCUGAAAAAGGUACAAGAAAAGAAACCUUAAACGUGCCAUGGAACACACCUACCCAAUGGGUUAUUCUUACCAUUUGAACAUACACGACCAUUUUCUACACACCACUUUUGAGUGAAGAUUUACAGGACAAAGGUGGUAGACGACUGACAUGUUCUCAGAUAUGGUACCAGGCUAGUGGGUUGAGUACAGGAUGAGUGCAACCGGUAGUUUGUAUUGUAUUGUAUCUCACGUUCUUUGUACUCAAGAAUUUUGUUGGCUGUACAGGCAGAAGGCGGUGCGGGUAGCAUGCCUUGCGUACAUAAUUAUUUGAAUACAAGUUGAAUUGAACACCA